AUGAUUUCUUCCUUAUCAGGUAUUCCUCAUGUUAUUCUUACAGUAGAAUUUAUCACCGGCAUUACAGUAAAUGGAUUUCUUAUAAUCAUCAACUGUAAAGAAUUGAUCAAAAGCAGAAGGCUAAUGCCAAUACAACUCCUUUUCAUAUGUAUAGGAUUGUCUAGAUUUGCUCUGCAGAUGGUGUUAAUGAUACAGAGUUUUUGCUCUGUGUUCUUUCCACUCUUUUAUCGAGUGAAAAUUUAUGGUUCAACAAUGAUGUUCCUUUGGAUAUUUUUUAGCUCUGUCAGUCUCUGGUUUGCCACCUGCCUAUCCGUGUUUUACUGUUUCAAGAUAGCACACUUCUCUCAGAACUACUUUCUUUGGCUGAAAUACAGGAUAUCAAAGCUGAUGCCUUGGCUGCUUCUGAAAAGCCUGCUGACCUCCAUGGGCACUGCCGCUCUGUGUAUCAUGGUAGAUUACCCUAAAAACGUGGAUGAUGAUGUUCUCAGGAAUGCUACUCGAAGAGGGACUAAAUUCAAGCAAAUUAAUGAAGUACUUUUUGUCAACGUGACAUUAAUAUUUCCUUUAGCCAUAUUUGUGAUAUGCACUUUUAUGUUACUCAUUUCUCUCUACAAGCACACUCACCGGAUGCAGAACGGAUCUCAUGGUUUCAGAAAUGCUAGCACAAAAGCCCAUAUAAAUGCAUUAAGGACAGUGAUAACAUUCUUUUUCUUUAUUUCUUAUUUUGCUGUUUUCAUGGUGAAUAUAACAUUCAGCAUCCCUUACAGAAGUCAGCGUUUCUUUGUGAUGAAAGAUAUAAUGGCUGCUUACCCCUCUUUUCAUUCAGUAGUAAUAAUCUUGAGUAAUCCUAAAUUACAACAAUCAUUCAGGAGACUUUGCUGCCUAAAAAGGAACUGA